GGAGGUCGUUGUUAUGUUGUUUGUUGAUGCCGUGUGUUAUUUUACGCUUUUAAUGAGAUAUUCAGCGAUAUUACUAGAAUAAUCUCCCCGGUCAAAAUUGCAAUAAGGCAUACUCAAUGUGAUAAGUGCAAGUUAUAAAUAAUCAGCAUGGCCACACAACCAAGGGCUGAUAUGUUAGCCAACUACAAGAAGGAAACAUAUUUGAUGCUAGCACUGUUACACAAGCUGCAGCCUAUGUUACCUAAAAUAGCGCAAUUAAUAUUCGAUGAACACGGUCUGGAUAAACCUACGCAGAACUUAUUUAACAAUAUUUCUUAUUAUUUAUUGUUUUUAAUCGAUCCUCAAGUUCAUACCUCUCUUACAUGGCCGCUAUAUGAUACGAAGGUGGAAAGGGCGUUUAGAAGUGAAUUAUCUACUUUCAUAAGUGAUUACGCUGCUAAGGGACUCUUAACAGAUGUACGUCCAUCAUAUUUGGUCCAUCCAAGUUGCUUCAAAGUGUCAGUUUUAAUGUAUCAACUUUCAGUAUUGGCUGUGAAACAAUUACUCCUUUCCAGAGUAAAAGAAACCAAAAAACAAAGUUUGUAUGAUGAAAUUACCGAUAAAUAUAACCGUAGAAGCGAUACUAAAAGUUUCGUUGAAUACAUGGACAGUUUUAAUUACGAGGAUAACUUAUUGGAUAAAUUAUCAAUUUUUUUGUCUAGGAAACAAUGUAAUGAGAGAAUAGCCGAGAUGCUACGUAAGAAAAUAACUCAGUGUGAAAGGAAAUUGUCCAGUUUAAACCCUCAGGGCUAUAUUGAUAGUUUAAUUAACGGCUUUAUCUCAAAACACAAUUUAGAUGAGAAUUCUAAAAGUGAAGUUUCGAGAAUUAAGAAUAUUAAUGAACCUGCAACAAUUUUUGAUGACUGGUUAGAAGGAAUUGAUAGUAAAUUAGAUGAUAUUGUAGCAAAUUGGGACAGUAAAGUGUUGCCGUUUAUGGCAAAAUGCACAAAAAUGCAUCUGUUAUCAGAAGAGAUUAUUAAGAGACAAACAGGUCAAAUUGAAAGGAGUUGCUAUACUUUGGAGUAUGAUCCAAAGAAUGAUGAAAUUUGUACAGAUGAAUUACAAAAGCAGGUCAACAGUUGUCAGAAAUAUAUUUUACGAAACUUGGAAGUCAACGGAAGACUAAAUUUUCCAAACUUAAUUCGUGCAUUUUUGAUCAGUAUAUGCUAUAUUCUGAAAAACAACUCAUUCGGUGAUGAGAUAUAUGAUUUUAAUGAACGCAUGGAGGUCGGCAAAAGGAAUAUCAAUGAAGUAUGCUUAGCUUUGAGAUCAUUGAUAGAAAGAGUAUGUGAUGCUGAAAAGAAAUUGCAGUCUUCACCAGCGAACUUCAAUAUCCAAUCGGUGUCUAUAGAAGAGCAUCUACAAAUACCUCCUUUACCAGAUCUUUCCGGACUCAAAAUGAAUCAAAACCAAUACCACAUCAAUUUCGAUACAUUCACACCACUUAACAUUUCGAAACAUCGAUUCAACCUGAAUAGAAGAGGCGAGGUGUUCUCUAGGCCCCAACCUAAAUCUAUAUUAACUACGUACCAUGCUCCAAAAGAUGACUUCUUAAAAACUUUGCUAUCAUGUAGAGUCAGCUCAUAUGAUCGUGUCAAUGUUAACCAAAGUUGCAACAUGUCCAUUAUAUCUAAUAUUAAAGCCAACGAAACGAUAGCAGAAUGCUCAUCCGGUUUCACGAGGCAACAAAUAACGAGAUUGCUGUCAACGAAUAAGAAAAGCAGUAAUAAGAAACGUAAAAAUAAACAGGAGCAUCACGAUAAUGUUAAAUUUAAAAAAGGGUGUUUGUUUAACGAAUCAAUGGUGUCAAACGAUAGUCACGGUCUAGUCAGGAGUUAUUCGUCACCUAAUUUGUUAGAAAAUAGAGAAAGUCGAAUACCUAUUGCUAUGAUACGUGGAAGAAAAUUAUCGAUUAUGCAGGAAGAUAGCCCACCUCAUAUGGAUUUAUCUGGUAUAACAUGCUUGAAUAGCUUCAAUACGCCCACUGGAUUAGAUAAUGCAGAAAUUGCUAAAAACACCUUCAACUUUCAAAAAAAUAAUGAUGAAAUCAAAAAAAGACUUGACAGUAUUCAAAAAGAAUUUGAAAGUGCUAUUUCACCUAUAUUAGAACAAGAAACUCACUUUUCAAAAGCAAUGACAGCCAGCGAUUUACAUGAAAACCACUUUCCUAAUGUGGUUGCAGCAAGAGAGCUGAAAGAAACUCAUUUACCUAAGCCGGUAAAAGCAAGAGAACUGCCUUUAAUCACUAUGACACCAGUAACAGAACAGGAAAAACGUUUUUCUAAAGAACAUACAGCUAGAGUACAAGGAAGUCAUUUACCUAAACCGGUAACGUCAAGAGAACUACCAAUAAUUACUAAGAUAUCAGUAAGGAAACCAGAAACUCUCUCUUCUAAAGCGGACACAGUACGAGAGUUACAAGGAACUCAUUUUUCUAAAACUAUAGUAGCAAGAGAUUCACCUAAAAAUAGUAUUUCACCAAUAAUUAACGAAGAAUCGCAAUCGAAAAUCGAAACACCUAAGAAUAAUAAUGCGCUUAUAAAAAAGACUAGUUCUUUAGAGAAAAUAAUAAAUCGUUUUAAGCAAUUGCGUUCUACUUCAAUAACAUUUAAGGACGAAGAUAUAAAUACUAUAGUUGAAGAAAAAGAAAAUUUUAAUAUCAAUAGUGGAUUGAAUGCAAAUAGGAACUUAUUGCCUGAUCUUUUGAGUCCAAGUUGCAGUUUGUUAAAUGUAAGAUCCAAUAGUGAUAAUGUGAACUAUUUUGAUACGGAUGAGGUGGAAAUCCAUCGGAAUCCUAGGGUUAGUUUAGGAACUAUGCUGGGCGUAGAUCAUACUUUCCUAGACCAAUUUGACUUAAUAGACUGAUAAUCUUCAUAGUGUAACUAUAGGUGUAGUGAGUACAUAGUAGGUCACCUUGGCCGACAGGCAACAAAUGGGCUCGGUGUGGGAAGUGUUGAGUCCCCCCGGUAGGCCAACUUUGUUUGCGCGCCGGUACUCUCAAUGAGUACACAAACAUAGCGCAUUAUAAAAAUGUUAUACAUAUAGUUUUUUUUUUUCAAACCAGUGUGGGUUACAUAUGCAAACUACUAUCUCGUCUCACACACAGAGAGGAAGCAAACUAGGCUUGCUUAGCAGCAAGUGCACCAUUCUGCUUACAAUAUCCUAUUCGAACUUUAUUUUAACUAUAUAAAAUAGAAUAUGGUAUGGAAAGCUAUGUUUUGACCUACUCUAUUUCCAUUUCCUUUUUUUUUUACUGAAAAUAGUGGUCACGCAUUAAACGCGUAAAAUAGCAUUCAUUACGGUAAUUAAUGCUUUUAGUGUUAAGUACCUAUAGUUCGUAAAAAUUAGGUAAGUAUUGUACGCGCGAUCUGAAUUGACCAGAGUGAAGUAAGUCAGGAGAGAUUUCGCAUAAGAUGCAACGUCACGAAAGUAUUCAACUGGACAAAGAAUGAUACUGUUUUCUUAAAAAUAGCUUUGUAAAUCCCAUAAUUCUUGGAGAUAAAAAAUAUAACAUCGCCGAUUUUUUAACAGUCUUUUUAAGAUACGUUAUAAAUUGGAAUUGUAUCCAAUUUAUAACGUUUUAAAAGCGCACAAAAAUCAGUUUACGUAGCAAAUCUUUAAAUUUCUUGACUUUUCUCUACUAUAACAUGCAUCUUAAUUACAUACAAACCUUCCCGAUGAAUCACUAUCUAUUGCUGAAAACUACAUUAAAAUCCGUGGCGUAGUUUAAAUGAUCCAAGCGUACUAGGGGCGGGAGCGACUGUUUUAUAAAGAAGACUACGAAUUUACUUCAGCCCAGCCAACUAAGAUUUGCUUGUAACUUUGUUGUACAUUUAAUUACGCAUAGGCAGAAAUAAUUUAAAUAAAUAUUAAAAAGA